UUUCAGUAAAAAAAGAAAUGUCGAGUAUAAAUAGUAGAUCCGAUGGCAGUAGUAAAUUAUGUUGCUACGCUCAUCCUGAAGCACCAUUAAUUGAGGACUACAGAGCUGGAGACAUGAUUUGCUCAGAAUGUGGACUUGUAGUAGGUGAUCGUGUUAUUGAUGUAGGUUCGGAGUGGCGUACGUUUAGUAAUGAAAAAAGUGGUGUUGAUCCAAGCCGUGUCGGAGGAGCUGAAAAUCCAUUGCUUGGUGGGGGAGAUCUCUCAACAAUAAUUGGACCGGGAACAGGGUCUGCAUCCUAUGACGCAUUUGGUGCACCAAAAUAUCAAAAUAGACGCACAAUGAGUAGCUCUGAUAGAUCAUUGAUUUCAGCCUUCAAGGAAAUAUCUACAAUGGCAGAUCGGAUAAAUCUUCCAAAAACAAUAGUUGAUCGCGCUAAUAAUCUCUUCAAGCAGGUACAUGAUGGUAAAAAUCUCAAAGGACGGUCUAAUGAUGCUAAGGCAUCUGCAUGCUUAUAUAUUGCCUGCCGACAAGAGGGAGUUCCACGAACUUUCAAAGAAAUCUGUGCUGUUAGCAAAAUAAGCAAAAAGGAAAUCGGUCGUUGCUUCAAGUUGACUCUAAAAGCACUUGAAACAAGUGUAGAUUUAAUUACUACAGCGGAUUUCAUGUCCAGAUUUUGUGCUAAUCUUGACCUUCCAAAUAUGGUACAACGAGCUGCGACGUAUAUAGCGAAAAAAGCUGUCGAAAUGGACAUUGUUCCAGGAAGAUCACCAAUUUCAGUUGCCGCCGCAGCUAUAUAUAUGGCUUCUCAG